AUGUUACGUCAUCUCUUACUUGUAUUAACAAUUAUCUGCUUCACAAUUCAUAAUGUUGAUACGACAGUUGUAAAAGAAAUAUUUGAGCAUGAAGAAAUCUUCAAAGAUGUUAUAGGUGAAGCUACAACAAUAAAUUUAUUAAAUAUUUCUUAUCCAUCGGGAGUUAAAGUUAAUCUGGGAAAUAUUUUGACACCAACUGAAGUUAAAGAUGAACCUACAAUUGAGUUCAAAGGUGAUGAAGGAGCUUUUUAUGCUUUAUUAAUGACUGAUCCCGAUGCUCCAUCAAGAAUGGAGCCAACGGCAAGGGAGUUCAGACAUUGGUUGAAAGUUAAUAUUCCUAGUAAUGACUUAAAUAAUGGCGAGACCAUUGUUCAGUUUGCCGAAUCAGGUCCACCUAUGCACACUGGAUUACAUCGAUACAUUUUCCUUCUCUUCAAACAGAUUCAAGGCAAAUCUAGUUUCAAUUUACCUUUCAUUCCAAGUCGCACGAUUCGUGGAAGAAUAUCAACAUCAACAAAAAAUCUCAAAGAAAGCAUGAAUUUGGAGCUAGUAGCAGGAAAUUUCUUUUUAGCUGAAUACGAUGAAUAUGUCAAUAACAUUCAUGAACAAUUUUCUGAGUAA